AUUUGAAGGGUCUUCAUCUUAAUGUAAUUCACAGUCACUUAAUUUAUAUUGAUUUAUAAAUCGAUGCCAAUAUAGAAAGUAGGUAGUACAUUUCGAAACAUGAAACUGAUAGUAGUGAUUUUAGCCGCAGUUUGUCUCUACGACGUAUCUGCUAAACAAGAUGACUACGUGCAAUGGGUGAGUUAUGAUGGUACAAUACCCGCCAAUGUUGUGGAAGGAACUACAUCCAUUGAUGGUAGACAAUUAUAUAUUGCCCGUGCCUUUGUUAGUUUAGAUGAGUCUGAUCUUUAUAAUGACAAUCAAGGUUACAUAGUAGGCCCAGUGGAAGCAGGAGUUUUACAACUCAAUGCUAGUUUUCCUGAUUUAACUUACCAUAUUACCGACAACAUUGAGAUCCUAACUGUUGUGGAUGGAGCCAAAGUCGAAUGGGUUAGCACAAAUCAAACAUUUUUACCAAAAUGGUUCGAUAGUGAUGACUACCAUCCAGUGCACUCCAACUGGCAUCAAAUUGUUAAUAUAAAUUCAACCAUUUAUAUAGGAAGAAUCUACGACUCGGAAAUAGGUGGUACAUUUGGACAUAUACCGGUCUCCACUGAGUUAUACGAGGACGAGGAUAUGGCAUACUAUGCUUUUGGCGAUGAUGUCCGCGAAUCUAAUGUAUACGAUAUUUUACUGUAUUAUUUCAAAUAAUAGAUAACGUAAAAUAUAGUUGUUAACAAUA